AUCAAGACCCCACAGCACUGAAAUAUGCUACAUGGUGAACAGCACCUUGAAGAUGGUGACCACGCUGGGGGUGUGCGCCCUCCUCUUCCUCUUCAACGGGACCAUGCUGGCCGUGACCGCCCACCGCGUCCUCGGUCUACACCCCCGCAAGGAGGUUGGAGGUGGCGAGCGAGGGCGAGCCGUGCGCAACGUCAUCACCCUGCUGGGCGUGGCCACCCUGCUGGGCGUCACCUGGGGUCUCAUCUUCCUCUCCUUCGGUCACCUGACCACGGCGGGCCUCUACCUCUUCUGCACCCUCAACUCCCUGCAAGGAUUCUUCGUCUUCUUGUGGCUGGUCAUGUCCUGGAGGAAGUCGGGCCACUUGCGGGCCAGCAGAACCCCGAGUGGGAGCGGCUGAGAGGGACGGCCCUAGUGGACAGAGCGUGGAAGUGCAGCAGGAAACAGGAAAUACCUCAGCGACAUUUUCAUGUUGAUGGCGGUAAACUUCUUCUUCUGCGCUGUCAUUAAGUGCCUCAGAUCUUGUUUUUCUUCUUUCCAAAAUAAGGCUGUUAGAAAAUGCCUUCUCAUUAUUAAUCACUCUCAGCCAAAAGUGUAGUAUUAGUGUGUCUCCAGCGCUUGCUUUUCAAAAUAAAAGCCUUAAAUGUAUGGCUUUCUCAUAAAAAAUCAAAUUGUAUUGGAAAUUUUCAAAUCAAGUAGUCAAACAAAAUUGUCUUUGCUAAAUUUAUUGAAUGGCUCCAGCUGUAUUUUUUUUUCCUUUCCAAAA